AUGGCCGAUUGCCAGGGACGGACAGCCGCACGGUCAUUCACUAGGAGCGCCAAGAUAGUAGGGCCCUUGGAGACGAGUUUAGAUGCUGCCAAGUGUUUCCAGCUCUCAUCACCACCAUUCCCCAGCACGAGAAAUCUCCGAGACAACAAGCGGCGAAGCAGACAGAAGCAGAAAGAAUACACAGCUAGUCUGGAGGCCAGAUUGAAUGAGCUCCAGGAUAGCGGUAUCCGAGCAACGAAGGAAGUCCAGCAGAGUGCAAGGAGAGUUGUUGAAGACAAUGCGCGGUUGAAGGCCUUGCUUCGAUAUCUCGGGGUCAAUGAUUAUAUGAUUCAGACCUGGACGCCUGGCGCGAUCGAGCAACCACCACAGGAGUUUCCCAGUGGUGAAAAGCAAAGAGCCACAGGAAGUGGACAGAUGGUUGGUGUGCAUCGUGAGGCGCAGCCUGCACUCUCCCAAGAAAUUAUUCAAUUGGACACUCCUCCCUUAGAAGACCAGUUACCUGCUCAAAACCCUCGUCAAUACAGAUGCGAUAGUCAGACGGUCGAGAUUGCACCAUCUUGCAAAAGUCUCGCAACGUCAACAACCUUACCGUCAUGCAAAGUCCUCACCCGGCUAGCUGAAGAUCCCGGCGCAGAUAUCACCCAAGGUUUCAGCGCUGGCGGUACUGCUGACGAGCAAGAUGACGGGGGGGUCGAAUGUUCAACAGCGCACGCUAUGCUGAUGCGGUUCGCCACCUCAGAAGACAAACUAAAUGUGGUUUCUCAAGCGCUUGAAUAUGGUUGUGUAGGCAAAUCUGGCGGCGGCUGUAAGGUACGAAACGAGGUCAUAUGGAAAGCGAUGGACGAAGUCACUUGAUUGAGUAAAUUGAGUAAACCCCCUGCGCAAAUCCUCCUGAUCUCUUCCAUGACAAUCGUUCGUGCGAUGCUGGGUAUCUUUCACGUUUCCCUCGCCGAAAGUUGUGUCCUUACCAUCUCCGUCUCUUGGCGUUGAAUGAUCGUCGACUACUGUGUGGAUUUUGACUGUGCUCAAGAUGCAAGCGGAACAUGUCUCUACAGCCGUUCGUAGGUAGGGGUGCAGAUGUCAUUAUCAAAGCUCAACAAAAAAGUGACGAAAACCUACCGAGAAAGAUUAGGAUGUCGAUGGGAGCGAUCCGCCAGAAUUGAUAGACAAGGCUUUGAGAGAGGAUUAAAUCACCAUUGGAGUGGAUGACCGCGCCUACUAGUAAGCACUAGCACGGUAGAAGAAGAUUACUGG